CGGCGCAGCGCUUCCCGGGGCCGGCGCGGCGCGCUGGCGGGGCUGCUUCCUGUUGGAGCCCGCCGGAGGAAACGGCAACGGCUUACUAAACUUGGCCUGGUUUUUGACUUCUGAUGUUUCUUCCUGUUUAUGAAUGUGAAGCUUCUGGUCCAGCAGAGCUGAGGGAAGCCGCUUGGGUCAGCAGGAACGCACGCUACAGUGGAGUGAUGGGCGAUGUCUGUGUAUCCAAACUAUUCAUCAGAGCUACCUUUUGCUUUUGCCACCAGAACAGCAAGUAAAGGCCAUUUGGAAACAGCCACGCUAUGCACGGCAGUGGGGCGGGGCCGCGGGAGCCACCUUCUGGGCCUUUUGGUCAGCCCAUGGCCACGGCACAGCACUCCCCCGAAGCUCACUACUUGCUACCUUCAGACCCCAAGGGCUGGGAGAGGCGGGGCGUUCCGGAUUUCGUCUAUGAGCAGAAGGAUCUCGCGCCCGCGGGGGUACAGUGGCCGGGGCCCACCCCCGGCCCCCUGGGCCCUCCGUCCCCAUCUCGCUUUGACUCUGCACUGUGCUCGGCCUGGAGGCAGCGGAUGGAGCUGGGCUUGUUUCGCUACCGCCUGGGGAACCUGCAGACCCGAACUCUCCCGGGUGUGGUGGGGCUCGUGGCUCAGCUGAACGUGGAGCGGGGUGUGCAGAGGAGGUGCCCCCAGAACAUCCAGAGCGUGAGGCAGGCAUUUGACCCGGGACAGUUCAACUUCAACAAGAUCCGGCCAGGAGAGGUCCUCUUCUGUUUGCGCCGCCAGCCCGAGGGCGCCCAGCAAGAGGACGUCCUCGUGAUGAUCAACGUCAGCCCCCUGGAGUGGGGCCACGUGCUGCUGGUGCCCGAGCCCACCCAGGGGCUCCCCCAGCGCCUGCGGCCAGGUGCGCUGCGGGCCGGGCUUGAGGCGGUGCUGCUGAGCUCACACCCCGGCUUCCGAGUCGGGUUCAACAGCCUGGGGGGCCUGGCCUCGGUGAACCACCUCCACCUGCACGGCUAUUACCUGGCCCACAGACUGCCCGUGGAGGGUGCACCGAGCGAACCCCUGGACCCAGGGGGCCGUUUGCACCUGCUCCAGGACCUCCCAGCCCCCGGCUUCCUCUUUUACCUCAGCGAGCUGGGCUCGGACCUGGAAGCCUUAGUUAGCAGAGUGUGUCGGGCCACUGACUACCUGACUGACCACGAGAUCGCACAUAACUUGUUUGUCACGCGGGGCGCCCCACCUGGAAAGACAUCCCCUUCCUCUGAGCUCACAGGGGUCCGGGUAAUCCUCUGGGCGCGGAAGUCCAGCUUCGGGAUAAAGGAAGGGGAGGCCUUCAAUGUUGCCCUCUGCGAGCUGGCUGGGCACCUCCCUGUCAAAACCUCUGAGCAUUUCAGCAACCUGACUGAGGCGGCUGCCCUGACCCUCAUCCAGGGCUGUCUGCUGCCCCCAGCCCAGGCAGAAGAAGUGCGUGCAGCUCUGGUGGCCUUGGCCCAGGAGGGGCCGUAGCCCAUGGGAAGGGCCUGACUCCCUGGAUCUCUGUCGUGAUGGUCACGGGGUACGGGGCCAACCUUCGCGCCGCCCCGGCCUACGGGACAAUGAAGAGGUGAAACCGGGCAAUAGACCCGAUGGGCAGGCCCUCGUGGACGUGUCUUCCCCUCUUGGGACAAGCCCAGGAUGACAAGCCCACCACUAAGGAGCCCGUGCCGCGGGCCGUCCCCUGCAUUAGGCCUUAGCAAGGUGAGGCCAACGGGCCUCUGGCCUUCAGCUGCCUGGGCCGCACCCCGAGUUCCUCCAGGUGGCAGCUCCCUGACUCCUGUUCUCCCGGGGACUGCUCAGGCCCUGCAGAGCUGACUGCCCAGGCCAGUAGAGCUUUUGUGGAGACGGUCAGUCGAGUUUAUGACCCAAGGGUGUCAAGUCUCGGGUUGAAGCACGACCCAUUCCAUGAGAAAUGCUGUUCAUCGUCUGUCUCUGCCUUUAACAUUAAACGUCUCAGAAGUAUCUGGGGCACACUGGG